UUCGCUACGGUCGCACGAAGCGUGAGCCAGACUCUACGGAACACCGUGUAAUUGCAAGCUAUCGCUUGCAUCGUUGGUUUCGCGAGUUUUCCGUGCGGAAGGGACAUAAUCAGCAUAAUAAUUUGACAAAACGUUCACGAAAGGAAAGCCAGAAGAUGGUUUUGGCAGAAAGAAACUCGGAAAACGUUAGAAAUGGGCGCAGAUCGAGAGGCCCCAGCCCCAAUGGACAGACGGAAUCCUCGAGUGAGGAAGACGGAGUUCCAGCAGAAAAAAUACGUGUUGGACGGGACUAUCAGGUCAUUGUUCCAGAGUUUGUUCCUGUCAAUGAGCGACGACUAGAUCAGUGUCCUGAUAGAGCAUUACUGGUCUGGUCUCCUACAACUGACAUACCUGAUCAAAAAUUGGAUGAGUACAUUAUAUUGGCCAAGGAAAAAUAUGGCUACAAUGGAGAACAAGCAUUGGGAAUGUUAUUUUGGCAUAAACAUAACUUAGAACGUGCUGUAUUAGACUUAGCCAACUUUACACCAUUUCCAGAUGAAUGGACUGUUGAGGAUAAAGUUCUUUUUGAACAAGCUUUCCAGUUUCAUGGAAAAAGUUUUCAUCGUAUUAGGCAAAUGUUACCUGACAAAUCUAUCGCUAGCUUGGUUAAAUAUUAUUAUAGUUGGAAGAAAACAAGAACUAGAACAUCAUUAAUGGAUAGACAAGCUAGAAAAUUAACAAGUGGUGGGAAAGAAGGGGAAAAUGGAAGCGAGAAUGGAAGUGAAUUAGGCUCCAAUACAGACAGUGAAUCGGAGGAAAAAAAAUGGACGAUCCACCGCGGAAUACGUCGUGGAAAGAACCAAGCUGUGCCAGGAAGCCAAGGCACUGACGCCAAAGCCCCAUCCGACUCGGAAAACGCCCCUCAGGUUCAGGGCUCGUGUAGCAACUGUGGCGUUGCUUGUCAUAGUGUACGUGCGACGCCGAAAGGACACGCGUGUCACAGCUGCUAUCAGCACUGGAGGCGAACUGGUGUAGCAAGACCAUUAAGUUCCAUGCCGGGUCGUACAAAUAAAAGAAAACCACCCCGCGGCCUGGUCGUUAAUCACGAUGAUUUAGCAGCAUUGGCUGGCCAACCGAAUCAAGCAAACAACAGUUUACAAGCAAUCGACACUGAAAUUGUUAGCUUAAAACGACAAAUACAAUCAAACAAGCAACAAGUGAGCGCAUUGAAACGGAAGACAGCUGAUGGUAUCGAUGAUCUACGACCGCCGGAAGUGUCGAGUCGUAUAAACGCUCGUUGGACAAACGAUGAGCUACUACUGGCCGUUCAAGGUGUUAGGAAAUACGGAAAAGAUUUUUCCGCGAUCGCUGAUGUAAUUGGAACAAAAACAGAAGCGCAUUUACGAUCGUUUUUUGUCAAUUAUCGAAGGAGGUAUAAUUUAGAUGCGGUUUUAAAAGAAUAUGAAGCUGAGAAUGGCCCAAUAUUAAUUGAUGAUGAAAAAGAGGAAAAAAUGGAUGUUGACCAACCAAAUGAAACUGCAGAAUCAUCGCAAAAGACAAAAUCAUCCGUCGGUCUUGGACAGACGGCCAAAUAACAAAUGAGUAUAUUAUUGAGUACUAAACGUGACAAAAAUAAUCACAGGCACUUUGAUAAUCGAUAAUAUCAUAGAAGAAAGAGGUAUCUAUUCAUGAAUCAGUUUGCAAUCUACAUUUAUUUUUAUUCUUAGUUAUACCGCUUUGCUCUAUGGUGGUGCGAUUUUAAAUUAGGAACCAAGUACACGAAACAAUGUUCAUUGAGCUUGUGCGUGGUAUAAUCCAUAUAAGCGAAUAUAUGGAUGAGAUAAUACUGACGAAAGCAUGUGGAUUUAUUCAGCUAGCCUUAUUUCUAGUGUAAUAUAUUUUGUAUGUGUUUAAAAAUGGGAUUAUCCUUAAGCAGUCUGAAAGAAGUUCCAUUAAAGACAUUUAGCGUAUGAUAUUAAGAAAAAAUUAAAAAUUUUAAUUAAGUUGAUGCAUCCAAAUGCAGGAGUAAGGAUUAUCAAUAAUAUAUAUUGCACAUAAUCAUGGAUGCAUAUUAAGAUUUUUUUUGUAAGUAAAUUCAUUGUAUUCUGUAGCACAUAAUAUUUCUAGGUAUACAUAGCGGAUGUAACAGUCCUAUUUUGACUAAUGAAAGUAAUUUAAACAAAAGAAUUACUUGUUUCAAGUGAAGAAAGAUUAAUUGAUAACGGAUGAGGAAUCUAUCAGAGUGUAAAAAUAUUUAAAACAAAAAAUAAUGAUAUAGUUUGCAUCAUUCAGAAAAAUCGUGUAUCGCUUGGUAAACAAUUAUAAACUGAAAAAACCUUUUAUAUACCGAAGAAUUAAAGUGACAAUUUCAUAUGCGGAUAAUCAAGGUAUCUUGUGACUAUUUCAUUACUCUAAUGAUCUUUUACCCGUGCUCAAAUAAUUAACUAGCCAUUGUUCUACGGUUUUUUUGUGGUCGUUUCACAACUACGUUUCUAUAGAGUUUAAAUUUUGCAUGAAUUUUCAUGACGGUUUACUCACAUUUCUAUAUUUAAUUAUUUAUAGACACUUUCUAGAACGUUUGAAUAGUUUAUUACAGAACUUAGAUUAAAGAGAAAUACAAAUAAGAGAAUAGCAUAAAUGAAGUGGUCACUUAUUUUACAUUUCUUUUAUGAACACAAAUAUUGGAACCAUUUUAAUAUUUCUUUUUUUUUAGCAUCGUACGGUUUCGAUGCCAGAUAAGAAUUCUUGUAUUUGUGCCUAUGCAUUUUUGGCCGUACAAAAGAAAUUUAAGGAAUACAAGGUUGUGUGUCGAAACGAUACUUUUCUUAGUCCUCACCGUUUCACUAUACGCUGAAUCAUAAAUGUGUACUCAAAUUAUAAUAACGUUACAAUUUACCGCGAAUCUGACAAUCUUUCACACGAAGCGGAAACGAAACGACGGGGAGGGAAGAAAAGAUCUCUACAUGUUUCCAUUUUUAAAUUGUUCAGAUUACUAAUUACUAUUGGAGGGAGACGAAAUCGACAAUGAAAUGUGUAACACUCUCGUUGCGGUGUUAUUUUAUUUAAAAUAUAAAAUAGCAACGGUCGUGUUAAACGUCCCAUUGAUAGAGAAAUAAUGCUCAACGAAAAGGUACAGUUUCAUUCAAAUUUUAACAAAGGAAUAUUUCAUAUUUUAUCAAGGUACAUUAUAAUGCAAAUUUCUUUUACAAGUUUUAUAGAAUAACAGAUUUGAGGGGUUGAAAAUCGUGUUGCAAAAAAAUGGAGGAAAGAUAUUACAUUAAGGAAAAUAAAUAUAUUUUUGUGGCUUUCCGCUACGUACUUGAUCCAGUUGUAUAAACGAAUAAUGGUUCCUGAAUAUUUCUAUUAUGCAAAAUUAUAUAACGAAAGCACAUGUAUAAAUAUAUUAUUGCGCGUUUUGUCUCGCAUUCCACGUCACAGCAUUAUUCUACACUUUCUUUGUCUUACAUAAAGAAGAAGUAACUGUUUAUUUAUAAUUUACAAUACUCUUAGAUAUUAUGGUAUUUGGAAAUAGCAGGGUCUGCUGUCCACAACUACUAAGGAAAGACUGCAAUGGAAGGAAAUGUCUUUCUUACACCCCAUCUUCUUGGACAUGCCGAAAGCAAUUUCUUCGCCCUCGUCUUGCAUCUUUUACUAUUGCAAGUUUCUCAAGCAAUCCUGAAGGCUAUUACCUCACCAAUUUCUUUCAUUUCUUCUUGUUUUUAUUUUUAAACUCUUGCAGUGCUUAUAGUUCUCAUAUUCGAGUCUUCCUUCUCAAUGUUUCACCAUAAAGUCAUAUUCUUGGAGCCGUUAUGGGUUCUUGAAAGGCAGUGAUCAACGUAAAGCUACAUGGUCGGUUCUCAGAAGGGAUCUUCGCCCAUAGAGAUAGUGAAAAUGCUCAAUAAACUUCACUAUUGCCAGGAAUUCCUCCCGAAUGGUACAAUAAUCUCUUCUGCUAGAUCUGAAAUUCUUAAUUUCUGAUGUUUAAGUUGACCCUGUCACUAAUUAGACGUGCUUCUAUAUUCUAAAGCACAAGUUUCUGUACUCAGGUGUACGGGAGUAUCUCGAUUGCGAUACAAAGAAGUAUAUUGAUAAAUUUAAAUGGAAAAAAAAUUGAAGAUAGUUGUGCACGUACUGUUUGUUACACUUUCGAAUCAAUAUAAAACACAUAAACCUGUUCACAUUUUGAAUCAUAUAAUUUUAGAUUGAUACGAAGAUCUUGAUAAAUCUAUUUUCAACAAAUACUUUAAUCGUAUCAAUUGUUCUAAAAAGAUUGAAAUUCCAAACUAGCUGUCUAAUAGAUCAACGAUAGUAAUUUUUUCUAUAAUUGUCAUUAGACAAUAUUGUCAAGAUAUAUAGACUUCCAAUAAUUUUCACCGCUUCACGGUAGUGCAUUGAAAUUCUGCGUAAUCCUUGAUUAUAAUUUUCACGCGUGAAUCCACACAUUUACUAUUAAUAGCAGUAGUAAUAACAAAGUUAGUUUAAUGUUCGUCUGUAGUGUUGACUACUUAAUAGUAAUGAAGAAAAGGAAACACUCGCAAACGUGUUCGCAUAAUUUUCUUUGUUGGAAAAGUGUUACUCCAUGGAAAUGAUUAUAAGAUUAGGCACACUCUAGCAAUUAUUAUAUAAACAUACUUUGAUGUAAAUAGAGAGAAUCACCAAAGAAAUUUACUAUAAUCGUUAGCGACAUAUCACGAUGGCGAGACAAAUAGUCGUUAAGACUAUUUGACCUGAAACAAGUAGUUCGCAAACUCAAAACGAUAAAAUGCAUUGCGAUUGGAAGAGUACUGCAAAUUUAUUUGGAUGCAUUACGUUGAUAUAGUUUUACACCUAAUAAUUAUAGAAAAUUGGAACGUUUAAUGAACUGUACCUAUCUGUAGAAUUUAUUUCAUUUUGUAUCGAAAUUGUAACGUUAUACUGUAGCAUAUUAAUUUUCAUCACAUUUUUUUCAUUUUAGUCUUAGUACGUGCAAUUAUUUCACAACUACAAAGCACGAUGCAGUGUUCAAUGGCGUUAGACAUAAAUUUCUAAUAUUUUUACAAUUGAAGAAAGAAGUUCCACAAAUAUUCAAUAUUCUAUUGUAAGCAUAAUUUUAUUAAUUGUCAGAAUGACAUCUUCUUUCUUUAAUUAUUAUUUAAUUACUAAUGCAUUUAAGUAACGGACGAUGCGCGAUUAGCAAAUGAUUCUUCAAACAAACUAGUUCGUUUAAAGUUAAUUAAUGUUUUGUAAUUUUAUAUGCUUAAUGUCAAGAUCCUUUCAAAGACACUUCACCGGACAAAUCUAUGAACGUGUGGAUAGUUUUAAUUUACCUCGUGUAGCUCUACAAAUCAAAGAAAUGUUUCUUGAAUCACGAUAGCAAUUUUGCCAAAUCAUAUUUGGUAUCGUGUAGGCUGUAGAUACGAGAAUGAAAGGUGUAUGACCCAGUGGAAUAUUCAAAGAAAGAAAGAGAAGAGAAUCUUCGCGAUGUGUAAUAUAUUCUACGAUCGUUCAAAAAUUUUCUAAUAUUCUGAUACGAUUACAUGUAGCAUAAUGUAAAUACGAAGUUAUAUGCUUUGUGAGUGUGCACCACACAUUCAUUUAAUCGUAAGGUGUACAGAUGUAUUUAUUCGGGAUUAUUAAAAUUUUUCUUGUGUACUUUGAUGGGUUAGAAAAGAUUUAUUUGAGACUCCUCACAAGUACAAUUAGUUUUUAAUUAGAAGAUCCAAGCCUCGGUGCUUAUCGUUCGUUUCAAUUGUACAUUGUGAUUAUCAUUAAAUGUACUCCUGUAUUACAAUUUUUUGCUUCAUUAAUAAAUAGUCUACGUAUUUAGUAUUUAAGAACACUUCUAAAUUAGUAAAAUCGUGACGAUACAUUUGCUGAAGGCAAUAUUUUGUUUCGAUCUUAUUUAAGACGUCAACAACGUCGCUCUCGUUACUGUACUUUGCGGUAUUUUCUGUUGAACCAUUGUCAGAAUUGUACUUAUUUCGUUGUAUGUAAUAAAAACAAAGAUUUAAAAACUUCGACUCCUCCCUGUAAACCGGAUUGUUAUCGUGGUAAAAGGGAUUUACAAUUGUCAUGUCAACGUCGAAGUUUUUAACAUUGUGCGUAAACAGUUUGAUGAAAAACAGAUUUGCAUUUUUAUCUGAAACUAAUUUUAGUCGAUCGAGCAUUACUUCAUCUAAUAAUGUUUGGUACAUGCACUCGUCAUGUGCAAUUUCUUGGAAAACGUGCAGUCUUAGACUCUGCACGAUAGAUUCACGUAUUUCUGAGAUUUCAUCUUUUAGCAAAAUCAGACAACAGUGCAGAAUUGUUAAUUUAUUGUCAUUUGUUAACUCUGCAAAGCGCUGCAUCGAGAACUGUAUAAAUUCGACCGCCGUUUGUCUCUUACAUUCUUCUUCAUAAACACAUAAAUUCAGAACCUGAGAUAAUAUCUCAUUUAUAAUUGCGUUGUCUUCUGAAUACAUUAUUAUUAAUAUAGACUUCAAGCGCCAUAGUUUAGAAUUUCCUGCACUUUCUUCUCGUUGAAAACAUAAAUUUUUCACUGAUUUUUUCAUGUCUAAAUUAUUGAUAUCUUGCAACGAUAACUUUUGCAAAGUGUUCAGAGCGUAAUUGAACAUUGCAUUCACGUUCACUUGAAUAAAAUCGUUUUCGUUCAGUAGUAAAUGUUCAAGAACAAUUUUUAAAACUAACAUACAGUUUCCUACAUUAUCUAAGAAGGAAGUGCAUUGGUCCAUAUUAUGGGAGGAUAAAAUGUAGUAAACAGUGUCAGAGGAAAUGUUAUUUGUUCUUCUAACAUAAUCUGCAUAUAGUUUCGUAGAAUAAUCAACAAAUUGGAAGAAGCCUGGCUUUGUCCUCUCAGAAGAGAAUACAGAAAUAUUUUGAUCGAAAAGAAAUAUGUCUGUGGCGUUUAAUUGAUCUAAACAAGAAUCUGCUAAUUGUAAACGCAUCGUUUCUAAUACAUAACAAAUUUUACUUUCCUCUUUAUA